ACAAUCUCGUUUCCUGAACCUGCAAUCACGAGCACAGGGAAAAAGAUUGACUAAGGCAAGACGCUCUUCAAGACUUCAACACACCAUAAAUUGGGAUACAUUUAUUUACCGAGAGUACGAUUAUUGAAGGCGACGAGAUUACGACACCCCUCGCACGUCACCUCCGUUUUCAGAGUAGUGUUUCAGUGAAAGAUUACAGUUUUUGGUCGUUAGCUACCACCUUCCUUUAUAAUAUUCGCCAUACAAAAUGGCGAAUAAGAGGAAAGUCAGAGGUGAAACUGAAGAAUUAGUCAACACCCGCAACGAUAUACAGCAGAAUAUGGACAACGAUUCAGCAUCAGGCUACAAUCCGGUAUUUGUCAAUUCACUCACGUAUGUUGGAACGUUGGCAUUUUUUAUUCUCUUCUUAGAAUUACCCAGUUUGCCAACACUUCCAUACCCACUUAAUGGAUCCAUGCUUGUAUCGAACGAUGGUGACUUCGCUAAGAAUACAAACGUGAAAUAUCUGUUCAUAACCUUGUGGGCAAUACAUUUUAUCCGACGAACACUAGAAGUGUUAUUCGUUCAUAACUAUAAACGGCGUAUGCCGUUGGUCGAAAGUGUUGGUGCGCCUAUCUAUUACUGGUUCUUUGCUAUCUGGAUUGCUUGGUCAAUGCGUUAUAAAUCAGGUUAUGAGCAAUCAUUUAUGAUUCUAGUGAUACUGGGGAGUGUAAUAUUUGUUAUUGGUGAAAUAGGUAACUGUAUUUGUCAUAUCCAGUUACGUGGAUUCCGAAAUGAAAAGCACCCGAAUUAUAUUUCCAGCUCAUCCGGCCAUGUACUUCCUCAUGGGUUAUUGUUUAAUUACGUGUCAUGUCCGCAUUAUUUCUUUGAAAUCGUCACAUGGAUAGGAUUCUUCUUUGCAACGUGGACAUUGGCAUCUGUCUUGUUUCUCCUUGCGACUAUUCUCACAUUAGUCACCUAUGCAUACAAGAAACAUAAAGCUUAUGUACACGAAUUUCACGGCAACGAUGGAGGAUAUCCUCCAAACAGAAAGGCAUUAAUUCCCUUUAUCUUUUAGUAUAUUUAAAUGUUAUAUAUCUUUAUGCUGGCUUGCGUGACAUCUGUUAGUUUACAAAGUUUAUGUAGAAUCUAUUAUUAGUAUACUACCUUAGGUCAAAUAUGAGCUGACUUAAUUAAUUGUAUGCAUGCUUUUAAAUCAUAGAUCGAUUUUUGUUUGCCAUUUAAAAAGCAUUAACUAGGAAUUAGGGUAACCCUUGCCCUAUGACAUAAAAAGAAAGCAGUCUUCGUAUAUGGGCCGAUAACUGGAACGGCAAUGGAUUUGACAAUUAACUGGAAGUCUGGAACUGUUCAAAGACUGUAUAUUUUUCGAAAUUUAUUCUCAUGUAAUGACGUUACAUUGUAAAAAUUUGAUUAAACACCCAGAAUUGAUGAACGACAA